UUUAUCUUUAUCAUUUUCUUUUUACUGAAUAUAUCCCACUGUUUUAAUCUUCAAUUUGAGGCUAUCAUAUUUUUCUCUCUUUCUUUUGGGUUUAUCUCUUUUUUAGUUUUGUAAUUGAAAAAAAUCUUGUUUUCUGUUAUUUUUUUUCUUUUUAAUGAAUGAAUAUUUGGAUAAUUCAAAUGCUUUGUAAAUUUAUUCUCUGAAUUUUCCUGCACUGAAUUUCAUCUUGUAAUACCUUUCUAUGGUUUUUCUUCUCUGUAAUUCUGGGUUGGAUUUUUUUUUCUUCCUUUUGUCUUGUUUGUAGGUAUUCGGGUGUCAAUCCUGAUAAGAAUUUUCAAUAUAUUUUGCAGCUGUAAUGAAAAAGAUAGCAGUGGACCACCAAGGAUAAUGAGUUAUUAAUGAUGGAGUGAAUGGUUGAGAAUUUGAGGGUGACAAAUGACAAUUUGGUGAAUGUGUUUUUUCUUUUGAUUGGUUGAACAUAAACCAACUUUCAAGCUUCUGUUUCGUAUGAAAAUAUCAACAUAGUUAAAACUAUCAUAUGUUUUCAUGUGAUUAUAGUUGCAUUGUUAGUUGGAAUGUCAUGAAAUUCUAGAGAAAAGAAACCAGUGCUUCAAGGGCUGUAGAGGGUUCUUUCUUAAAAAAAGGAAAAGGUAAAUAAAGAAGAACAUGGAGCCAACAAACCAGAAGUUUUUGGAGAGAGUGGUUUCACAAAAAGCGUUACAAAUGGGCAGUUCAUUUCCUUGUCAAAUUUGUGUGGUGGGUUGUCUUUGUGGAGUUUGUCUGACAUCUCUGUUUCUGGCUGCUCUUACUUCGCUUGGUAAUUUUGGGUUUGGUGGGAUUUCUUUUGCAUCCAUUUCCAUGGGGAUUUCUCCAUGGAAUUCAAGUUCAGAGAUAAUCAAUGUUGUUGCAAGUUCAGACUGCAAAUUUAAACUGAAAGAAACGGAGAGAUGGGUGGACUCACGGCAAAGGGAAACACAGAGCGAUGAUGAGAGAGUUUCUUUGCUGACUGAAGCUUGGGGUGCUUUACUAGCUGAGAGGGAACCUGAAGAAAGCGAGUUCUUGCAAAGAUUUGGACUCAGUAAAUCCAGUGUACCAAAUGCCCCUCAUUUGGAGAACUGCAAAUCAAGUGUGCAAGUGAAUAAGCGUCUUGACACGCGCACUAGAGAUGGCAGAUUUCCUCCCUGGACAACUUGGAAGGGUUCAUUAGACAUGUAUCCUGCAACUGCAGCUGAUGAGAAUAAUAGAAGCUUUAAGCGUUACGCCGUAUCUGAUGGUGCUUAUCCUCCAUGGAUUGAGGGAUCCGAUGAAGAAAACUAUCCUCUUACCAGGAAAGUGCAGUGUGACAUUUGGAUCCAUCAGCAUCCAAUAAACUGCCGUGAUCCUAACUUAAAAUUUCUAGUGGCUGACUGGGAAAAAUUGCCUGGCUUUGGCAUUGGAGCCCAGAUUGCUGGAAUGGCUGGGCUUCUUGCUAUUGCAAUCAAUGAGAAAAGGGUCCUUGUUACCAGAUACUACAAUCGUGCUGACCAUGAUGGUUGUAAAGCAUCGCGCAAUAGUUGGUCGUGCUACUUCUUCCUAGAGACAUCCCAGGAAUGCCAAGACCAUGCAUUCGAGCUUAUGCUCAGCAAAGAGGCAUGGGAAAAGGGGAUUAUAAAAGGAAAAGACAAUUACAACUCAAAGGAAAUAUGGGCAGGGAAGAUUUCAAGGGUAUGGGGUGAUCCUUGGAGUUAUUUGCAGCCUACAACAGAGAUAAACGGGAGUUUAAUUGCUUUUCACCAUAAAAUGGACCGAAGGUGGUGGAGAGCGCAGGCUGUUCGCUAUCUAAUGAGAUUUCAAACAGAGUACACUUGUGGCUUAUUGAACAUAGCUCGCCAUGCUGCAUUUGGGAAGGAAGCUGCAAAAAUGGUUCUUGCAAGUAUUGACAGAGAGUGGCCAAAGGUGAUUAUCAACAAGCCAAAGUCAGAUAUUGAAGAAUUUGUGUGGUCAAAUCACAAACCUUGGGUCCCUAGGCCUUUACUAAGUAUGCAUGUAAGAAUGGGAGACAAGGCAUGUGAAAUGAAAGUCGUCGAAUUUGAAAAAUACAUGGAUCUUGCUGACCGUAUUCGAAAGCGCUUUCCGUAUCUCAACAACAUUUGGCUCUCCACUGAAAUGCAGGAAGUGAUCGAUAGAACAAAAUCGUACCCUCAUUGGAACUUCUAUUACACAAAUGUGACACGUCAAGUAGGAAACAUAACGAUGGCUACGUACGAGGCAAGUCUUGGAAGGAAAACCAGCUCGAACUAUCCUCUUGUAAAUUUCUUGAUGGCAGUGGAAUCAGACUUUUUUAUUGGUGCAUUGGGAUCCACAUGGUGCUUUCUAAUAGAUGGCAUGAGGAACACCGGAGGAAAAGUAAUGGCCGGAUACUUAAGCGUCAACAAAGAUAGGUUCUGGUAGUGAAAUCUGAGAUCCCUAGAUUGGAUAGGCAUGUAGAUUAGAUCAAUCUACAGCAAUUUAUUUUGUUUGUAUAAACUUUUUUAAAGUAAUUUUGCGCCUUUUUGUACAAAUCCAAAUGCAAACCAAGUUUACUAAUAAAACAUGUAGAUAUAGUUGCUAUAAUUUCCAGUAAAAUUUUGCUAUUAAGUUCCAGGCCUGGGUCUUUUAAACUAGAACUAUUCUCUUCUACUUCCCAUGAUUUCGCUUAAAAAUGUUUC